AUGUCCGAGGGAAGUUUGUGGCUUCGUCCAUGCUGGCGGGAACCCCUCGGCGCGGAAUACAUUGCGACACACUUUGCGCGCGCACUGAUCGAAAUCCUCAACAAGACCUUCUCCGACCUCUCCAGUCCGAUUUCAACGAUUCUUGAGCUCAGCGAUGUUGACCGAUCCGAACUCUGGCGUUGGAACAAAGACCUACCCCCGCGAGCCGACACCUGUAUUCAGGAAUUAAUAUCGGAGCAAGUCCGACGCAACCCCACCGCACAAGCUAUCUGUUCGUGGGAUGGAGAUCUCUCCUACGAGGAGGUCGAGAGAUAUUCUACAUCGCUUGCGCAUCAUCUUGUCAGUCUUGAGGUCAAGAUUGGCCAGAUUGUCCCUCUCUGCUUCGAAAAAUCACGAUGGACUAUCGUCGGCGUUUUGGGUGUGCUCAAGGCUGGAGGCGCCAUGGUCCUUAUGGACCCAAGUCAGCCCCUUGAGCGACGUCAAACUAUCGCCGAGCAGGUUAAUGCAACAUUGAUCGUGGCCUCAAAGACGCACGGUCCGUUCGGCGAGAAGAUUGCGCCGGGCGCUCAGACGGUGAUCGUGGCACAGGAGGAACUGGACGCAUUGGCUCAAACAAGCCCCCAGAACGAGCUUCCGACUGUCCCUACAGACUCAAUUCUAUACCUCAUCUUUACAUCUGGAAGUACCGGCAAGCCCAAGGGUGUCAUCAUCAACCAUACCACAUACACCACCAGUGCGAUCGCACGAAGCGCUGCCGUUGGAUACACCGAUGUAUCACGCGUGCUGGACUUCGCCUCAUAUGCCUUCGAUGUCAGUGUUGACAGCAUGCUCUGCACCAUGCUCCGUGGUGGAUGUCUAUGCAUUCCGUCCGAUGAGGACCGUUUAAAUGAUCUGAGUGGAGUGAUUCGUCGGAUGGGCGUGACAAUGUCGAACAUGACGCCAUCUGUAGCUCGCAUUCUAGACCCAGAUAUCAUCCCCUCACUGCACAGCCUCGGUCUCGGUGGCGAGUCAUGUUCUGUGGGUGAUGUUUCAGAAUGGGGAAAGCUGACCAGAAUCGUGGUCGGAUACGGUCCAUCAGAGUGCACCGUUGGAUGCACGAUCAACUCCAGCGCUGCUGGCAAGCCAUAUGUCAGCAUUGGGCCUGGAAAUGGCGGUGUCAUCUGGCUCACAGACCCAGAUGAUCACAAUAAACUCACGCCUAUUGGAGGUGUUGGAGAACUUCUUGUUGAAGGCCCUAUCGUUGGUCAGGGCUAUCUGGGAGAUCCCCAGAAGACCGCAGAAUCGUUCAUUGAAGACCCGACAUGGCUUCUGGCGGGUAGCAAUGAAGUCCCUGGACGCAAGGGACGCCUUUAUAAAACAGGUGAUCUGGUCCGCUAUGAUCCAGAUGGAGAAUGCGGAUUCGUCUUUGUUGGUCGCAAAGAUACACAGGUCAAGCUCCGUGGCCAGCGCGUCGAGCUUGGUGAGAUUGAAUACCACGUCAGAAGAUUGCUCCCGUCAGGAACAGAUGUUGCUGUUGAGGUUAUCGCUCCACAGGGUCGAAGCAAAGAAUCAAUGCUCUUGGCCUUUGUGGCCGAUCCAAAGGCCGAGAAGCCGGAUGAUGACACGGAUAGCGGUAUCAAACAAGUUCAAUUCUCCGCUGGAAUCCAGGAGAAAAUGGCAGUAAUCAAUGAGGAAAUGUCCAAGGUUCUCCCUAUCUACAUGGUACCAUCUUUGUACAUCGGCAUUGAUCGCAUGCCCAUGCUUGUAUCCGGAAAAACGGACCGCAAGACUCUCCGCGCUUUCGGGUCAGAGUUGACCUUGUUCUCAUCAUCAGAUGCGACGAAUGGCGACCUCCAAAAGCCCAGCUCGGAUACAGAAAUCUGCCUGCAUGAGAUCUGGUGUCGUCUACUCGGCUUGACUUCAGAUCAAGUCAGCACAACUCACAACUUCUUCAUCCUCGGUGGUGAUUCCGUUUUGGCUAUGAAACUUGUUCCCGCAGUGCGGGAGCAAGGCUUCGUGCUGACGGUCGCGGAUAUCUUCAACUCUCCUGUUCUGAGCGACAUGGCCAAAUCAAUGCACAAGAAAGAGGCAGACUCGCAGGUCGAGGUGCUGAAGUUCUCAUUGAUUGACCCAGAUUGGAACUUGGAUGAUGCUUGUGCCGAGGCAGCGGAGAAGUGUGGAGUGGAGAAGAAUGUGAUCGAAGAUAUUUAUCCCUGUACUCCGCUGCAGGAGAUUCUGAUGGCGUUUUCGGCUCGCUCAGCCGAAAGCUACGUGGCGCAACGAGUUGCUGAGGUUCCCAGUGUGGAAAUUGCAGAGAAGCUGCAAGCCGCAUGGAGUGCUGUCAUCCAAGAAAGUCCAAUUCUUCGAACUCGCGUUGUUGAAUUCAGGGAUCAUGGUUUCAUGCAAGUUGUUACUAACGAAUCUCCAGCAUGGAAGUCUCGCAAUACCAACUUGGAAGAAUUCUUGGACGAAGACCAAAAAGUUCCGAUGUCUGUCAACAUGCCGCUGAGUCGGUACACCAUCGUGCAUGAUGAGUCUCUCCAAAAAUUCUAUUUCGUCUGGACUGUUCAUCAUGCAAUUUACGACGGAUGGUCGACUGAUCUCAUCGUCGAGCAUGCGAAGAACGCAUACAAGGGCCUCCCUACUUCACAGCCAGCGGAGUUCAAACAUUUCAUCAGCUAUCUGACCGACCCCGCAAGAGAGUCCUCGAAGGACUACUGGCGUGUGCAGCUUCAAGGCGCUACAGGUCCUCAGUUCCCCUCUCUUCCCUCACGGAUGUACAUCCCCGAGCCCAAUGCGGUGACAGAUAGAUUCGUCCCCGUCAAGCCCACAACCCGAACAAGCAUUACCACUGCCACUAUGAUCCGUGCAGCGUGGGCUUUGGUAGCCGCACAGUACACUAUGAGCGACGAUGUUGUGUUCGGCGAAACGUUCGCUGGGCGCACCCUUCCAAUCCCCGGCGUUGAGCAAAUCGAAGGUCCCAUGAUCGCCACGGUCCCUGUCAGAAUCCGUGUCGACAGGUCUGCACCAGUUCAAGAAUUCCUGCAGGCAAUCCAAGAGCACGGCCUUGUGAGAUCUGCACAUGAGCACCUGGGUAUGCAGAACAUCCGCCGUGUAAGCGCAGACGCCCAGCUAGCCUGUGAAGUCAAGAUGGGACUUGUGAUCCAGCCUCGUCAGCCCGAGGAACCGAUCCAGUCGGAUGAUGAGCUCCCACCAUUCCGCGUCGAAGAUGCAGCCCACGAGGCUUUACGCUUUAACUCAUACCCGCUCAUGCUGGCAUGCUCCUUGCACCCCGAUGGGUUCCAUGUUACAGCAAGCUUUGAUUCCAAUCUGAUCAGUGAGCUGCAGAUGGGUCGCGUCUUGUCUCAGCUUGAGUAUGCGGUGGCGCAGCUAUGUACCCAGGAUUCAAAGCAGCUUUGUGAUAUCGCUGGUUUGAACGAGGCGGAGUUGAAUGAGAUCUGGAAGCUCAAUGAGACUGCGCCCUCGACAACGGUUGCCGCAGACGAGGUCAAGGAGCAAUCAAAGGGGCUGGCCGUUGGGGACAAAUACCCUACGAGCUCCGUUCCUUGGAUUGUGCAUCCGUCUGAUCACAAUGUGCUGGUUCCCAUUGGAACAAUGGGUGAGCUGCUGCUUGAGGGUGUUCGCGAAGCUGAUCUCGAUGCACCUCAGUGGCUUACUCAUGGUGCAAAUGGGAUUGCUGGUCGAAAUGAGAAGCUUUAUCAGACCGGUGAUCUUGUCAAAUAUGCAGAUGACAAGAGUCUCAUCUUCAUGGGCCGAAAGGAGAGUCUGCGGAAGGUCGAUGGUCAUGUCAUGGAUCUUUCAGCGAUUGACGUUCAGCUUCGCCAGUCACUUCCCGCGGGCACUGAUGCUGCAACUCAACUGAUCACUCCGGCCGGUUCAAACAACCAGACCCCGGUAUUGGUCGCUUUCGUCAGCGAGACACCUUCUGAAGACAAGGCUGUUAGCCUAGGCGUCGAGGCCCCUGCAGAAAUCCCUCUCCCAGUCGUCAUAUCUACCCAGCUGAUUGAGUCAAUCGUCGGCCUCAACAAAGUGCUUUCGGAUGUGCUGCCUCCUUAUAUGAUCCCAUCUGUUUAUAUUCCCAUCCAGAAGGUGCCUCACGUUUCUGGUCAAGUUGAUGUACAAGCCUUGAAGUCAAUGGCUGGGCAUGUCAGCCAGGAGCUGCUACUCCAACUACGAACCGCUAUCCAGAACUUACGUCCAGGCAGAGGCGAUGCAGUCCACAUGAACAAGAAGGAGCGCACACUCCGUUCACUGUGGGCUAAGUCUUUGGGCAUGGAGGAAGAGAAGCUUGCACUCGAUGACAACUUCUUCCGCCUGGGUGGAGACUCAAUCAUGGCUAUGAAGCUCGUUUCUGCCUUACGCCUGGCAGGCUAUCAUUUGUCUGUGACGGAUAUUUUCCGCAACAUGCAGUUACGCAGCAUGGCAGGUGCUUUAGUGGAGCUUUCGACAGAUGAAAAAAGGCCAUCUAAGGCAUACGUUCCAUUUUCGUUACUCAAUGUGGCAAAUGCACAGGAAUUCUGUGCCCAAGAGGUUCAACCAUUAUUGUCUGAAGCCAGCUGGAAGAUCCAGGAUGUUUUGCCGGUCACAGAACCCCAGGAGCGUGAUGUCGAAGCCACUGUUUCAGCGCCUCGCAGUGCUCUUCAGUACAACAUGUUGUAUCUGAACAAGGACAUCGAUGUUGAGAAACUUGUCAGCACAUUCAACUCACUUGUUUCGAUCCACCCCAUCCUACGAACAGUCUUUGCUCGUGAUUCUGAGCGCAUGAUCCAAGUCGUUUUGGAAGAAUUGACAAUAUCCGCUUCUGAGCACAGCACUGAUGGACCUGUGGAUGAAUUCUGCAAGACAAUUGCCAAGGACGAUAUCGAGGUUGAUUCAUCUUUCGAGCUCGGAAAGUCAUCCCUCGGCUUGUUUGCCAUCAAGGGCACCAAAGAGAAUGGUCUCAUGAUCCGUAUCUCUCAUGCUCAAUACGACGGUAUCUCCUUCCCAGAGAUCCUGCGCCAACUAGAGCUCCAAUACCAAGAAAAGGAAAUCCUCCCAUCCCCUCCCUUCUCGACCUUCAUCCAACACCAGACCGACGCCAGACCCGACAACAUCGCCUACUGGCGUGACGUGCUGCAAGGCUCCCGGCUCACAACCCUCCCAGAACCAGAAUCAACAAAGACAAACUUCAUCAAGAAGCCAGUCGACAUGAGCAACCGUUCUCCUGACACAACCAUGGCGACCCUCCUCACGGCCAGUUGGGCACGCGUGCUAUCCCAGCAUCUAUCCCUCCAAGACAUCACCUUCGGAGGCGUGGUAUCAGGCCGUACAGUCGAUGUACCUGACAUCGACAGAAUCAUGGGCCCGACAUACCAAUACAUGCCGUUGCGUGUGAAGUUCGAAUCCGGAAUGAGCGUUAAGACGCUACUUGAGAGCGUUCGCGACCAGUACCUAGAGGGCAGUCGUCAUGCCACGCUUGGGUUCCAGGAGAUCUCGGAUAACUGCACAAGCUGGUCGCCGCUUGUAUCGUUCUUCUCGUCUAUUGUGCAUCAUCAUGAUAUUGAAUACUUUGAUAGCAUUCCCUUUGCGGGUUCGGAGGCUCGCGUUGACUAUACCAACCCGCAUCCUGAGCCUACGAGUCCUACUCGCGUUGUGUCUUACACUGAGAAGGGUGAGACCUUUGUUGGUAUCGAGGCUGAUGAGGAGAGGCUGGAGUUCUGGGAGGAGAGACUGGCGGAGUUGGCCGCGGUGAUCGAGAGUUUUGUGAAGGAGCCUGAGGCUUCUCUGUGA